UAAUAAUGAUAGUAGUAGUAUGAAUUUGUAAGUCGACUUAUUUUAACUAUCUAAUUUUUUAAAAAAGACGACUGACCAACCAGAUAUAAAAAUGAAUUCAUUAUGGUGAAGUUCUUAUUCAUAGGAGAUGACGAUUAUAAUUUUAUCUUUUAUAGAAAUAUAUAUAUAUCUUACUAUGUUUCAAUGUUGACUGUUGGAAAUAUUCUCAUUCAAUGGUAAAAUGCUUAUUUUUCUUGUUCUCUUUCUACUUAUAUGUGGGACUAAAUGUUAAUUGUUGAUGCAAAUGUUCAAAUGUUUAAUCUUUGAAAAGAAAUAUUCAACUAUUAUCAUUUUGAUCUAUCAAAUAUCCUUGUCUAUAUUUUCACAGAUUUGCAUUGAACCUAAUAUUUAAAUUAAAAUUAAUAUAUAUAUAUAUCGUUUAUAUUCAUUUAUAUUGAUAUCACAUAUGUACAUAUAUAAUGGCACGUAUUGAUAAUAAAAAAGUAGAAUUUGUUCAUCGAGAAAGUGAGUCAGAUUGUCGAACAUUCAGAACUGGAUCUAUGGGAGAAAAAGAACAACAUAUAAGUCGGUUUCGUCGAUUAACAUCUGGUAGUCUUCGUCAUAAAAGUCGUGGUAGUCAAGUACCAUUAAUAAAAACCGAUUUUAUUGAACCUGUACAUAAUAUAGAUCCAUUACAUACAUACUUUAAUUCUGAUACUGAAGUAAGUGACUCAGGUGUACCUCGAAUAAAUGAUAACUCUUAUAUCAGUAAUACACGUAGACCUAAAAGAUACAGACGUUCAUGUCGUUCUGCUUAUGAAACACCUAAUUAUUCUACUGCUUUAGGACCAUUAAGAGAAAAACAUAAACUUAGUCCAUUGGAACGUAUAUUUUUAGAAGCAGCAGAACGAGGUGAUAAAUCUACCCUGAUCCGAUGUUUAUCAUUUUCAAGUGGUGUAAAUGUUAAUUGUGUUAACAUGUUGGGUCGUACAGCAAUUCAAAUUGCAGUUGAUAAUGAAAACAUUGAAUUAGUUGAAUUACUUCUUGAACAACCUGGUAUAGAAAUUGGUGAUGCAAUAUUGUAUGCUAUUCAAGAAGGUGUUUAUCGAAUAGUUGAAAUGUUAAUUGAUCAUCCAUCAAUCACUAAAGAAAUGUUAGGUACAUCAUGGACAACACAGUGUAUUGGAAUCGGUAAGCGAGAAGAAGAGAGUCAUGACUUUUCUGCUGAUAUUUCUCCAGUUAUGUUGGCUGCAAUUUGUAAUCAAUUUGAAAUUUUACAAUUACUUAUAAAUCGUGGCGCCAGAAUAGAAGAACCACAUAAAUCAUCAUGUUCCUGUGAACAUUGUCAUCGACUACUUACAGAUGAUCCACUGAAGCAUACUCUUCAAAGAAUAAAUACAUAUAGAGCACUUGCUAGUCCAGCAUGGAUAUCGUUGACAUCUCCUGACCCUAUACUAACUGCGUUCGAAUUAUCUUCAGAGCUUCUUCAUUUGGCAUCACGUGAAAAUGAGUUCAAAGAAACAUUCUUAUCAUUAUGUGAACAAUGUAGGAAAUAUGCUUGUGAUUUAUUAGAUCUAUGCAGAGGAACAGGUGAAGUUGUCGCUGUACUCAGUAAAGGGACUGAUAGCGAUGAAAGUCUAAGUGAUAUUAGCAGUGACGAGUCAGAUGAUCUACAAGGAGUAAUAAAAACACACAAUCUGUUUCCACCUACAAAUCAUAUUUCUACAUCUUAUUACUCACCAAAUCGCCAAAUUCAUCAAACAAAUCGUAUUCAUCUUGAUCUAAUAAAUAAUCAAUCUGAAAAUAAUCAAAAUUAUUUAAAUAAUGGAAAUGAUUGGCGUGAAUUAUUAGAUAGAACAUAUAUUUCUAAAAAACGACAUCAUAGACGUUAUACAACAUGGAAUCAUCCUACUUAUUCAUGUGCAAAAUUUAAUCAAACAUUAAGUAUAGAAAGUUCAAAUCAUGAUGAAAUAAAUAGUAAUGAAAAUUUACAUCCAUCUACUAGUAAAAUUAAUGAAUUAUAUGAUCCAGAUAAUCAACUUACUUAUAAAGAUCAUUUAGAAACAACAAAUAAUGUAUAUUCAUCUACCAGAUCACCUAUAACACUCAAAUAAUAAUAAUAAUAAUAAUAAU